AUUUUGGUAUUUGUUUGUCACUCUCUCUACCCACAACUUUCAUUCAACAUUUCCAAUUCUUCUCUCUCUAACCAAUAUGAUUCAAAGACAUUAAAGGGUGUCUCAAUCUGUAUCCAUCAGCUGGAAAAUCUGAAGAGAAAGUGAAAGUAAUGAUGAUAAAUGGGUUUGAUUUGAACGAGGAAGCCACAGCCAUUGAUGAAGAGAACUCGAGCAGCAACAAUGGAAGCUUGGAGGAGGAGAAAGAAGAAGAGGAUCAGAGAAGAAGUGGCGGUGUUAGAAAAUAUUCAAGGUCCAAAAUGCCUAGGCUUCGUUGGACUCCUGAUCUUCAUCUUGCCUUCGUAAACGCCGUUGAACGACUCGGCGGACAAGAACGAGCAACUCCUAAGUUGGUUCUUCAGUUGAUGAAUGUAAGAGGGCUCAGCAUUGCCCAUGUAAAGAGUCAUUUGCAGAUGUAUCGAAGUAAGAAGCUGGAUGAGUCUGGACAAGUUUUGUCUCAGACAAUGUUUGGUAGAAAUCACAUUGUGCAAAUGUACCAAAGAUUGAAUCACCAUCACCAUCACCAUGGACACUUCAGACCCCAUCUCCUAACCCCUAACCCUUCCAGGUUUGGAGAAUGGGAAGCAAUGGAUCCAUUGGCAAUGAGGCCAAGUGCUAAUCCAUGGAGAACAGACAAUUCAAAGAUGGAGAAGUUAUGUAACGAGAGGCCACCUCCCUUUCAAAUGGGUACCAACUUGAUGACCUCUCAUAUCUAUGAAGUGGCUAAUGCAAUAUCAAGAACCACACCCAUUAGGCCAAGCCGCUUCCUUGAGGACAAGAAAUGGCCACCCCAUGAGCUCAUUUCUCCACACCAUUUUCGCAUCAAUAACAACAACAACAAUGUUACUACCCAAAAAGAUCACUUUCGACCCUCCAACAAACUCGGAAGCUUCGAUCACGAUCUUCUUCACCCUCCAACGCCCUCCUCCCACGUCCCUAUGGAGCCCAACCGUCCCUCGACCGAUCUACGGUUGAGUUUACGCAAUAGCUUCGAAGAUGGUGUCGGGAUGGCGAUGAACGAUGAGGAUAAGAAAGAAGAAGAGAUCAAUACAGUACUUUCUCUAUCACUGUCUAGCUCUUCACCAAGACAACAUGAAGAUGAAGAUUGUAAACAAACAUCAUGGGCUGAGUACUUAGGAUCUGACCAUGCAAAAUUAUAA